AUGUCUUUGCUCGACAAAGUUCCCGGCGAUCUAAAGCUCUACAUCGGANNGGAUCAGCUUGCCGAGGCUGGCAUUACACAUGUACUAUCUGUGUUGAGGCUUCCGCUAGAGGAGAAGCUUUUCGAAGGAUACAAGCAUAUGGUGGUCGAAGUCGACGAUGUCGAAGAUGAGAAUCUGCUCGAGCACUUCCCAGCGGCUACCCGAUUCAUCGAGGAUGGUCUUGCCUCUGGAGGCGCAGUUCUUGUACACUGUGCGAUGGGAAAGUCGCGGUCCGCAACAUGCGUCAUUGCGUACCUGAUGCAGAAAUACCACAUAUCACCUUCCGAGGCUUUGGAACAAAUACGACAGAGCAGGCCGCUUUGCGAGCCCAACGAAGGUUUCAUGAAGCAGCUCGAGCUCUACCAUGAGAUGCAGACACCCGAGAACGUGGAAGACACACCGACAUAUCAACGUUGGGUCUACCAGCGUGAAGUCGAGAUGAGUCGCGCAUGCGGUCAAGCACCAGAGGCAGAGAAGAUUCGCUUCGAGGAUGAGCAUGUCGCAGCAAAAGAUGAAGACGCACCCUCGCAACGUCACAAUUCUUGA